GCUCGUAGUCAGUCUCUGUCCGGUCGAGCAAGCCCUAUGUAUGAUUACGAUGGUGAUAUACUGGAAGAGGAUCCUCGAUACAAGAAGAUGGCACCACCGAAACCCGUCAUUCAUCGUUGGUCAUCAACGGAAUGGGAGAAUUUCGAAGAGGACAGUAAGUCUCGCAGUCUUACGAGCGCUUCAAAAGACGGUGAAAACAGUCACUUUCGAGGAUUUCAAGCAUCUCUCCGUACAUACGAUCGAAUAAAAAUUUUCCCAUUUUAUGCGCUUAUCCCUAAUGACCAUCCUCUUCGUCUUAUCUGUUAA